AUGUGGAUUCGGAGCUUUUUAAUCGGCCGCUCUCAAGCCGUCCACGUCGGUGACCAACAAUCUGCCGAGGUUGCCGUUAAGAGUGGUGUUCCCCAAGGCUCUGUUCUUGGCCCUACACUGUUCCUCGUAUACGUCAAUGACUGCGCAAACGAACUGAAUUGCGAUGUCGCAAUGUUUGCUGAUGACAUAAAGAUCUGGACUACUAUACGAAACGAAGUUGACGAGGCGCGACUGCAGACAAGUCUGGACCACCUCGAGCAAUGGUCGAAAGACUGGCUUCUACCGUUCAACGUAAACAAGUGUACUUUCCUACGCGUCGGCAGAACCAGUUAUCCUAUCCACACGGUCUACCGUUUGACUGGCAAACCACUGCAAGAAGUCGACGCCCAGAAGGACUUGGGUGUAUGGAUCACAACCUCGCUUAAGCCUUCGCUGCAAUGUUCAAAGGUGGCCAUGUCGGCGAUGUCCAUGCUAUACCUUGUCAAACGGGCGUUCUCCUCCUUUGAUGAAGACUGCUUCGCCAAGGUCUUUCAAACUUUUGUGCGACCGCAUCUGGAGUUUGCUAUCCAAGCAUGGCGACCCUGGACCGCUAAAGACUUGGGCAUACUCGAAAAAGUUCAACGGCGAGCAACGAAACUUGUAUCUGGGCAGUGGUCACUACCCUACGAAACGCGAUUAGCUAAUCUUGACCUCUUUCCUUUGAGUUACAGACAGCUACGUGGGAACCUGAUACAAGCUUUCCGCAUCGUGCGCAAUCAGGGCUGCUGCCUCGCGUUUGGAGACUUCUUCGAGUUGGCGACUACGACUAACCUGAGAGGCCAUCCACUCAAACUGCGUGUGGCUGGUGUCCGGCUAGACACCCGAAAAUUCUUCUUCACCAACAGAGUGGUUGCAGCUUGGAAUGCCUUGCCUGAGGAUGUUGUUAUGUCAGGCUCGGUAGAUACUUUUAAAUGGAGACUAGAUCAGCAUUGUAGCGCGCACCACAAUAACGCCGGACUACGGACACCUUGACAGCCAACACGGACAAUUUAGUGUUAUAAUGAUGCUACUACCAACAUUAUGUUAUUUAUUAAGCCUGGGCCACGUCGCACACCGCUGUUCGCAUUCACCACGAUGCCUGUAGACUAAACAAUUUUACUUCUUUUCCCGUGUCUUAAGUGUGCCUCAACUGUCCGCUGUAUUUCGACCAACAAAGCAAGUUAAUGUGCCUCUAAACUCUGUUAAAGCAUGACAUUCUGUGUUCAUCUGUACAGUUUUUGCUAUUCCCCUCGCAUUUCUUUCAUGUUACUUCCUUUCCAUUUCCUCCAUAUAUAUCCUCUGCAUGUAACCAAUAGGGAUUUCAAAGGUACACACCUAAUUUCCCUGAAAUAUACUGAUACUGAUACUGAUACAACCAAACGUUUAAUCAAGCCCAAUGCCACCUCAGACCCGUAAUUGAUUUCGCAUUCGGAUGCCACCAGCACUCUUGUUCCAUAUAUUGAUAAGGCAAUGUAGCGCAUACAGGAAAUUUCGGUGGCACCUGGGACCGAUGACCACAUUAUCAGCAUCCGACGCAUGCCAGCCCCAACGCGUCCAUCCAUGACCACUGACCAUGACUGCGAACGACUGCGCACUUAACACCGCAACAGAACCGGAUAUGUGAUGGAGCCUGAACCUUUUCCCAGACGGCUGUGCAAAUCCGUGCUGACCAUCAGCACGGAUAAACCGGGGGCCAUGUAUCAGCCGUCACUCCACACUGAAUUCAACGUUCCUCGCAUCACUGUCAACGGCACCCAACUGAAGCAGUGCUCUUAAGUAGCAGUAAACUCGGCUAUGAAGCCGCACAAUGGGUCUUUAAAUCCAGCCAGGCAUCCAACCGGCUGCAGUAGUCAGCGCGGAAUCGCGACGGCCUUCAUCUGAACACCAAACUCAAGAUGUACAGUGCGAUGUACGGGACGGAGAUCUGGAUUGUCUACGUGAACCAAGCGCAGAAGCUCGAUCACUUCCGCCUCAGAUCUCUCGGGAAAAUACCAGAUCUGAGGUGGCCGGACAGGAUCCCGUACACGAAAAUCCUGGAACGGACCAGAAUCAGCGGCUGAGGCAACUGCAACUACAAUAGAGCGGCCACAUCGUAAAGAUAGACAAAAACAGUCCACCCAAGUGACUAUUGUACAGGGAUGUUGUUACUUAUGAUCUCGACAGGGAGGACAGGCAUGCUGUCACAAGAAAAUUCUGAAGAGUUCUCUGGGACAUUUUCAAAUCAACUCGAAGAUUUGGGAACACUUUAUCCAGGACUGAUAGGCCUGGAGAAUAGCAGUGAGGAUUGGAGCAGCAUUAUAUGAAGCCACGCACGUAGCCGUUGCUAAAAUGUCCCCAAUAUACGAGAUCGUCGUGGGUAAAACUCAUAUAUUGUUUACUUAAACUACUUACAUUCCAGAAGCAUUCAAGAGGUCAAACUUGAAAGAUAGGUCAGGUCGGCAGAAGUUAGAAAACGUCUUUAAGAAUGUCUUCAUGACAGCAAAAGAUAGGCAACAAAAGGGGUCGCAGUAAAGCCUCCUGCAACAGACUGAAAAACGAUAAUUGUUGUUAAAGCAUGAACCUGUAUACUGUGUUCGUUGCAAUAUGUUAUUUUCUAAAAGCCUGAACGAACAAUUACCGUUUUGGUAUCUGUGGACUUGUAGUGACAUUUAAGUCCGUUUUGUUUUAAUCAGUUACAAUACGCUUUGACACAACUUUGAAUAAGAAAAAGAACACGCACGUACACUUUUACCUGCUGACGACUUUGUUCUUAUUUACUAGUUUGUAUUUGUUGGGAUAAUGCUAUUUUCGUUUACCGGAUAGCCUACUCGCUGUGCCCAACUAGUGGGUUUGUCUCUUACACUGGUGAUCCUGUAUCGUUCAUAGCUCCUUCUGUUUAAUUUCUAUGCAUAACUAUUUCAAUUCGGAUUAAUCCUCACUCUAAUUUUUAUCGAUCAGCUUAUUCAUCUAGCCCUUAUUUGCUAUCCACACUGUCUCACCCUUUCAUCCUAUACGAGCGCUACCCUUCAGUCUCACCGUCAACGCGCCAGUCCUCUACCCCAUUUAUCUGACCUCUGAUCGACCUCGGCUAAUUAUGUCCAACGAUUCUACCAGCCAGCCGAUAGCCGGUAUUUACACCUUUGACCUGCCAUCCGUGUGGCUCGGUGACAUCGCGCUGUGGCUGCGCACUGUAGAGUCCCGUUUCGCCCUCCGUCAGAUCACACGAGAGGAUACGAAAGUUCACUAUAUUGUGGCAGCACUCCCAAUGGACAUCGCCACCUACCUCCGUGACAUCAUAGAUUGCCCGCCCACAGAAGCCCCUUAUACUGCCCUAAAGGAGGCUCUCAUUUCCCGCAUUUCCCUCUCAACGCAAAAACGUCUCCAACGUCUAAUUUCUGAGGAGGACCUCGGUGACAGGAAGCCUACGCAGCUUCUUAGGCGUUUGGAGCAGUUGGCAGACGGACAAAAGCUGGAUGCCACCAUGUUUAUGCAACUUUUCCUCCAACGGUUGCCUCCUUCUGUGCAAGCCAUCCUUGCGCCUAACAUUCCUUCAUCGACUGUUCAGAUGCUCGCGGAGACUGCUGACCGUAGACUCGAGUACUACCUGCCUCCUGUUACGGUUAACGUCGCUAGUCGAAGCACAACUGCCCCCACAAUCGAGGAUGUCGUCAAACGCCUGGAUGCCCUCACUCACGAAGUUUCCCAGCUCCGGGCCACUCGUGUCUAUAACCCUCGUAGUCCUGCAAUUUCUCGCCGCCCGAGAUCUCCCACUCCAAACAAACCUACAGCUGAUGGUUUCUGUUGGUAUCAUCACAAUUAUGGUUCUAACGCCCAUCGCAGCCACGCUCCGUGCAAGUAUAAAACACCCGCGUCGGAAAACUCCCCUGCCGACCAGUAA